CCUAAAACCCUCACCUUAUCCUCUCCUCCCCUCUCCUCACCUCCACCUCCACCUCCGACGACGGAAUCCGGCCACUUCCACCGCUGCUUUGCUUCUGGCCGGAGCAACAGGCGGCACCAUGGCCACCAACGACGCCCGAGUCGCGCCCGUGGCGGCUGAGGGGGACGAGGUCGCGGCGGCGGCGGCGGAGGGGAGCAAGCGAGCGGCGGCGGAGGUGGGCGGCGGAGGAAUUGACGGCGAGGAGGUGAGAUUUGAGGGGAAGGACCGGACCCUCGGUGGUUCGGAGGCCAGCAACGGGGCGGUCGAGGCGGAAGCAGCCGUAGGAGAUGCGGAAGAUGGAAGCGAUGGGGAGGUCGAGCCGGCGGCGGCGGCGGCGGCCGAGGAGGAGUCGGGAGACCGGGAACCCGAGCCGGAAGAUGCGGAGGCUGCUCCGUUGGCGCCGGCGCCCUCCGACAGCACCGAAUUGGGUGACGGGUAUGCUUCCCUGCCUACCCCUGAUGCACCCGUAGCGGAGGAUAAGGGUGAAUUGGUCGAUGAACCGGAGGAAAGCGCGACUUCGGAGGUGAAGGAUGUUGGCGAGGCGGCGCCUGAUGCUGAAUUGUCCGUGGAGAAAGUGGAGGAUGCAGAGGUGGUCGCUGGAGGUGAAGAGGAUGGUGAGUUCGGCAGCCAGGAAGAGGUUGCGGUUUCCACCAGGAGCACGGAGGAGGAUACGGUGGCUCCUAUUGCUGAAGCUAAUGGCAAAUUGGGUGGCGAGGCUGAUGCGCCUGUUGAGACGGUGGCGGUGGGAGGUGACGAAACUCCAGAAGCAUCAUUGGAGAUUGUGGAAGACAAGGCGGCAGAGCCGGAGCCAGAGAGCGAUGCAAGCCCAGUGAUCAUAGCGAUGGAGAACCAUGCUAUUGUGGAAGACGGGGCCGCGAAGCCUGAGGCUGAGAGCGAUGCGAAUCCAGUGGUUAUUGACAACGGUAGCUUGGAGAACCAUGCUGAUGUGGAUGAUGAGGUGACAAAGCCAUCGGUUGUUGGCGACAGUAGCUUGGAGAACCAUGCUAAUGUGGAAGACAAGGCGGCAAAGCCUGAGCCAGAGAAUGAUGCAAGUCCAGUGGUUACUGACAACAGUAGCUUUGGAAACCAGGCUAAUGUGGAAGAUGAGGCGGCAAAGCCUGAGCCAAAAGGCGAUGCAAGCCAUGUGGUUAUUGACGACAGUGACUUGGGAAUCCCAGAGAAGCUUGCCCCUGUAACCUCAGACAUUGUGCUUAAUGAAAGUAAUGAGAAUGCACAAAAUGCUGAGGGCCAGGUGGCUGCUAGUGGAACUGUGGAAGAUGUUAGUGUUGAGAAGCCGACAGAGGUUGAGAGUGUUGUUGCUGGCGGCACUGAUGUUAUCCUGUCCCGAGAGUUGGCUCCAGAACCUAUCGAGGAAAACAAUGAUGCUGUGGAGAAUGAAAAUGCUGCAGAGGUUAUUGGCCAUAUAGAAGAGGCUGGCGAUGAUGACAUAGUUGUAGCUGCAGCUGGUGAUGAUCAGAAAGCUGUAGCUGCAGAUGAUGACGAAGAAAGGGGCGGUGAGGAGAAUGAAGGUGCUCCAGAUGUCUCUGACCGUGAAGUAGAGGCUGUUGAUGACGAGAUAGUUUUAGCUGCAGCUGAUGAUGAAGACAUGAGUGGUAAUGAGGGUGAUGAGGACGAUGACGAGGUGAGCUUUGAUAGGAGUCCUGCACGAGUUGCAAUCAUAGAGAAUUCUGAAGCUGCGAAGCAGAUCAUGAAGGAGCUUGGGGAAGGUUCCUCCAGUGGUAGUCCUGUGUCUGGCUUGAGCAGUUCAAGAGAGUACACUAAUAGCAUGGAUGGGCAGAUUGUGCUUGAUGAUUCUGAGGAUGAUGAGGAUGACGACGAUAAUGAGGAUGAUGAUGAGAAGGGGUUUGAUUCUGCUGCCUUAGCCGCCUUGCUUAAAGCAGCUACUGGUGCCUCCCCUGAUGGAAACAUCACAGUUUCUUCACAAGAUGGAUCUAGAAUUUUUUCCAUGGAUAGACCUGCUGGUCUGGGCUCGUCAGCCCCAUCUUUGAGGCCAACUGCCCCACGACAACCUGCCCGGUCAAACCUCUUCAACCCCUCUGAGCUAGCAGUGACUGCUGAGCCUAAUGACGAGAUGACAGAGGAGGAGAAGAAAUUGCACGACAAGGUUGAGUUGAUCCGUGUAAAGUUUCUGCGUCUUGUGUAUAAAUUGGGGGCAACCCCUGAAGAAACAGUAGCAGCACAAGUGCUGUACCGUCUGAGCCUUGCUGAGGGUAUCCGACAUGGAAGGCAAACAAACAGAGCUUUCAGCCUUGAGAAUGCACGGAAGAAAGCCAUACAGCUUGAAGCAGAUGGAACAGAAGAUUUGAGCUUCUCAUGCAACAUACUCGUUUUAGGAAAGAUUGGGGUUGGCAAAAGUGCAACUAUAAAUUCUAUUUUUGGUGAAGAGAAGACCAAAACUGAUGCUUUUGGUGCAGCCACCACCAGUGUACGAGAAAUUGUUGGCAAUGUAGAUGGUGUCAAGAUACGGAUCAUCGAUACACCAGGCCUUCGGCCCAAUGUGAUGGACCAAGGAAAUAACAGAAAAAUUCUCGCAUCUGUCAAGAAAUAUACCAAGAGAUGUCCGCCAGAUAUCGUUCUAUAUGUGGACCGUCUUGAUAGUCUGAGUCGUGAUCUCAAUGAUUUGCCUCUUCUAAAAACCAUCACUGCUGUUCUUGGUUCUUCCAUAUGGUUCAACGCUAUUGUUGCUCUCACCCAUGCUGCUUCUGCUCCUCCUGAAGGUCCCAGCGGUGCCCCUAUGACAUAUGAGGUAUUAAUGGCACAGCGAUCCCACAUUAUCCAGCAAUCCAUCAGGCAGGCUGCAGGGGAUAUGCGACUGAUGAACCCUGUUGCCCUUGUUGAGAACCACCCUUCUUGCCGGAAGAACCGUGAGGGUCAGAAAGUGCUUCCAAAUGGCCAAAGUUGGAGGCAUCAGAUGCUGCUCUUGUGCUACUCUUCAAAGAUAUUAUCAGAAGCCAACUCACUUUUGAAGCUCCAGGAUCCUUCUCCUGGGAAGCUUUUUGGGUUCCGCUUCCGCUCCCCACCGCUUCCUUUCCUGCUAUCCUCCCUUUUGCAGUCAAGAGCUCACCCAAAACUUUCCCCUGACCAGGGUGGUAAUGAAGGAGAUUCUGAUAUUGAUUUGGAUGAGUAUUCUGAUAUAGAACAAGAUGAAGAUGAAGAGGAAUAUGAUCAGCUUCCUCCCUUCAAGCCUUUGACUAAAUCUCAGCUUGCAAGGCUCUCAAAAGAGCAGAAGAAUGCUUAUUUUGAUGAGUAUGACUACAGGGUCAAACUUCUGCAGAAGAAACAGUGGAAGGACGAGCUCCGCAGGUUGAAGGAGAUGAAGAAGAGGGGCAAGUCUGAUAUGGAUGCUUAUGGGUAUGCUAGUAUUGCAGGGGAAAACGAUCAGGAUCCUCCUCCAGAAAAUGUUUCAGUCCCCUUACCUGACAUGGUGCUGCCUCCUUCAUUUGAUUGUGACAAUCCGACAUAUCGGUACCGCUUUCUGGAACCAACUUCUACUGUCCUUGCUAGGCCUGUUUUAGAUGCACAUGGGUGGGAUCAUGACUGCGGUUAUGAUGGAGUAAGUGUUGAAGAGUCGCUCGCUCUCCUUAGCAAGUUCCCAGGUACUGUGGCAGUUCAGGUUACCAAGGACAAGAAGGAAUUUAGCAUCCAUCUAGAUUCUUCCAUCUCAGCAAAGCAUGGAGAGGAUGCAUCGUCCCUUGCUGGUUUUGACAUCCAGACUGUUGGGCGGCAGCUUGCGUAUAUUCUUCGUGGUGAGACCAAAUUCAAGAGUAUCAAGAAGAACAAGACAACUGGAGGAUUCUCUGUGACUUUCUUGGGUGACAUUGUGGCAACUGGGCUGAAGGUUGAGGACCAGCUCUCUGUUGGUAAGAGGCUGGCAUUAGUGGCAAGUACAGGAGCAAUGCGAGCUCAAGGGGAUACUGCUUAUGGAGCUAACUUGGAAAUGCGCUUGAAGGACAAAGACUAUCCAAUUGGCCAAUCCUUGUCAACCUUGGGCCUGUCCCUCAUGAAGUGGCGCCGCGACCUUGCCCUUGGCGCUAACCUGCAGUCCCAGUUCUCGAUCGGAAGGGGUUCAAAGAUGGCGGUCCGCCUUGGGCUGAACAACAAGCUGAGUGGGCAGAUCACCGUCAGGACAAGCACCUCAGAGCAGGUACAGAUCGCGCUGGUGGGUCUUGUCCCAGUACUUGCCUCCAUCUACCGGAGCAUCUGGCCCAGCGAACCAUCGUUUGCUUAUUAACUUGGCAAGAAGAGCAUCUGUUACUUGUGUCAUCAGCAUCUAUUUUUACUUUUCCUAAUUUAUUUGAACCGUCGCCUGUAUCUGUUUCAAUUUUCGUGUCUUAUCCGCAGAUUGUUCCUAUCAUAAUUUUGGCUGAAGAGUUGUUGUCUUAUUCAUGUAGAACUAUAGUUGAAUAAUGUUGGUAGAUCUAUAUGAUCCUUCCACCGAUCUUUGUAUUACUAUUGUUGCCCUC